GUUUUACGGCAGCUACGUUUCCUUCUUACCUCAAUUUUUAGAGUUUAUGUUAUAACGGCUUAUACAUUUACAAUCAGAAAUGUCUGCCCUUACUUGCUGCACUAAGAUUGCUCACCCAACCUGCGGGCGAUCUACGCAAUUGUCCCGGCGCGCACGUAUAGUUUUGCCACGAGCGGUAGAGCCGAAGCAGCAGCAGGGCGCCUCACCGAGCACAAACGGAACCGCAGCAGCUGAGGACUCCAAACCCACAUUCACGCGCGAGUUCACGUCCUACGGGGCCCGCAUCGUAGAGAGCGAUGGCAAGCUGACUGGGCCAGAGGAUGAGAAGGACUUCUGGGAAGGGGAAAACAUGGAGACGCUGGGCAAGCUGGUUGAGCGCUACUUCCUGCCCGCCCUGGUGGUGCUCGGGCUGCUGGCGGGUGGCAUCGCAGCCCGGUCGUACAACGAGAACGCUGACGUGUUCCUGGCGCCGCCCAGUGGGCCCGAUGCGGAUGUGAGGGUGGUGCCGGCGGGGGCGCUGGCGCCCACUACCGUGGUAGCUGCACCUGAAGUGGGG